GUUCAGUGAGGCCAGAGCAGAGCGGAGAGAGGCAGCGGAGCCAUGGCGAGCCCCGGACAGAAAGUGGUGCUGAUCACCGGCUGCUCCUCCGGCAUCGGCCUGAGGAUGGCUGUGAUGCUGGCAAAGGACGAACAGAAGCGUUAUCACGUCAUCGCCACGAUGCGUGAUUUGAAACGUAACGAUAAGCUGCUGGAAGCUGCCGGGGAUGCGUACGGGAAAACUCUCUCUCUGGCUGUUCUGGACGUCUGCAGCGACGAGUCGGUCAAACAGUGUAUUAAUGGGAUCAAAGAUCGACACGUGGAUGUCCUGAUCAAUAAUGCAGGUAUCGGCCUGGUGGGUCCCAUCGAGAGCAUCCCCAUCGAAGAGAUGAAGAAAGUGUUUGAGACCAACGUCUUCGGAGUGAUCCGCAUGAUAAAGGAGGUGAUGCCCGACAUGAAGAGAAGAAGAGGAGGACACAUCAUCGUGGUCAGCAGCGUGAUGGGGCUGCAAGGUGUGGUGUUUAAUGACGUGUAUGCAGCUUCCAAGUUCGCCAUGGAGGGAUUCUGUGAGAGCUUGGCUGUGCAGCUCCUGAAGUUUAAAGUCACACUGUCGUUGAUUGAGCCGGGUCCCGUUCACACAGAGUUUGAGGCGAAGAUGAUUCAGGAGGUGAAAGAGAGGGAGUGUCCUGGAGCUGAUGCUGACACGGUGCAUUACUUCAAGAACGUCUACCUUCCUUCGUCCAUCGACAUCUUUGAGUUACUGGGACAAACGCCCGAUGACGUCGCCAGAUGCACCAAGAAAUUGAUCGAGGCGAGUAGCCCGCGUUUCCGUAACCUGACCAACCCGAUGUACACCCCCAUCGUGGCGCUGAAAUACGCUGAUGAAACCGGAGGUCUGUCUGUCCAUGCCUUCUACCACAUGCUCUUCAACAUGGGCACUCUCAUGCACGUCAGCAUGACGGCAAUGAAGUACCUCACCUGCGGAUGUCUGAGGAGCAGAACCAUCUCACCAAACUAGAAGCUUGACUGUGAAUAAUACAAACCAUCGACUGAAUAUAAAGAUGGACGACAUGACAGCUCAGCAAAAAGUGACGUCAAAUAAUCUUCAUCGCCCCCCAGUGGCUAGCUGCAGCCUAAGUCAUAAACCCUGUUUCUUCAAUGUAAGUGGAUGAGACAAGGGCACAUUAAAAUAUGCUACUGUUAUUUCAGGCAGUUCUUAUGACACUGGGGUUUGUUCUGAUAAGUUUGGUUGUAAUUAGUCAUGUGAUGCAAUAAAUAUGGGAUAAAAGUCAUAAUUCAAAUCUGAGACUGACUCGUGAUUGGCUGAGCAUGUGUACAGGCAGGACCAAGGCUCCACGUCACGAUCCCUACUCCACAGACUCCAGCUCUGAAUAGCGACAAAUGGCGUUGACUUAUUUGUAUAACAAGAGGAAGUGGAGACGCGCCGUCCAUCUUUACUUACGGUCUAUGAUACAAACACAAUGAGUUUUUAGACAAGAGUGGAGACAGCAUUCUACCUCAUCCUUGACUGUCAGGGGAUCACGAAAAAUGUGUGUAACUCUUACUGAGUAUCUGUUUAAAGUCAUGUAGCAGAAGUUAAAUAGUCACAAAGAAAGAAUGAUACACUUUGUGCUGUAUAUAUGUAAUAUGUAUUGUAAUGGAUAGUCCUAUCUGUGUUCUUGUGUAUGUAUAAAACUUAAGCGAUAUCAAACCUAAGUCCAAUUUAGUUCAAAUAGUAUAACAGUUUAAAAAUCUAUUCUAAGCUACCCAGAGUGCCAAAAUACAUAUUUGCACUUAUGAUACAACAUACUGUUCCCUGGUUUCAUUAUUUUAUCCAAAUCAGUCUCAGAUAACUUCACAUUUCAAACUGUUCUAAACUCAGCUUCAAUUUGUUUCAUUGUAGCCUAUGUAACUGCAUCUAUUGAGCUACUUUUGAAAUACUGUCAGUGAAUUGGAACACACUUUAUUUGGCAAUAAAAUGUGUCAUUUAUACCAUCCAAGAGUUGUGUUAGAGCUUCUGAGAGCUUUCAGAAAAUGUGUUGUGUUUCUGUUUCUUUCUGUCGACUCUUACUUUACAGUGUUUCCACAUUAUAGUCUGACUUAUAUUAGAUUUUUUAGGGCUUAUCAGAAUCUACUGCACUUCUGUCCGUACUGGGAGAGGGAUCCCCACUCAGGCACUCAUUUCCCCCAGUUAAAAGUUGUUGUAGUUUUUCCAUUCACAUG